AUGGUUUACGUCUCCGCGACGUCCUCACUCCUCACCAUCGCUGCGCUAGUCGCCGUCGCCACCAGCCCCGUGGAAGGCGUGGCCUUCAACUGCCCCGGCAUCAACUACAACAUCCGCGCCGGCGCGGACUGCGGCCCCCGAGGUCAAAUUGCCAGCGAGCUUGAGAUCCUCAAGAGCCACACGAACGUGCUGCGGCUGUACUCGCUGACCGACUGCGACCAGGCCACUGCGCUCGUGCCAGCCGCGAUUGCAGCGGGCUUUCAGCUUGAGCUGGGUCUGUGGGUGGACUCGUACGCCUCGAGCUACUCGGCCGAAAAGGAGGCCUUUGCCACGCUGCUGGACACUGGAGUCGUCACGCCGGGCAACAUCGUGGGGAUCCACGUCGGCAGCGAGGCGCUCUAUCGUGGGGAUGUGGACUAUCGCACCGCCGUGGGCCACCUCAGCGAGAUCCGCCAGAUGUGCAUCGACAAUGGGGGUGCAGCCGAGGUCCCUCUCACGAUCACCGACGUCGGCAACACGUACUUGGCGUACCCGAGCCUCAUCGACAAGGUCGACGCGCCAGCAAGAAGCGCGUGGGCCAGCGUGGCCACCGCGGAGAACGCGGCCAGGUACUUCCACGACUUCUAUCUGCAGGCCCAGGAGAAGGGCAUCCCGUACUACUACUUCUCGGCCUUCGACGAGCCCUGGAAGGGGACCGACACCGUGGAGGCCUACUUCGGCUUGUUCCACGAGGAUGGCAAACUGAAGUCGUCCAUCGAGGGGCUGGAGCUGGACAACGAGACCGCCGAGACGUCUGAAGCAGGCUCGACCGAAGCGGAGCCGUCGCUAGCAGCACAACGCGACGGGCGCGUCCGGAUCGGCAGCCGAGGAGGUACCGUUUGCGAGAGCAAGACUGACGAACCCGAGUCCACCGUGGCGCCCGAGUCCACCGUAGCUCCCGUGUCUACCGUGGCGCCCGUGACGUUCGAUUCCGCAAGUGGCGUCGCGGAGACUUCGUCCAGCGAUGCGGGGACUUCAUCCGAGGGAGCUGACACGACGACGGUCGCAGUUGGAGCGAGCCAGGUCGCGUCUAACGACGGCAGCAGCAGCAGCAGCUUGAUCCCCACCACCACCACCACAGCGCCAGCCACCGACUGCGCUAUGAUCUAG